AUGACCGACGAGAAUUAUCGUCCACGCUCGCCCGAUUUCUCUUCUCCCUCUCAUCCUGACUACCGUUCAUCCACCGCCAUCUCCAACUCGUACUUCCCCUUCCACCCCACUUCGUACGCGCCGCCGAGUCCCGUCCACCAUUACCAUUAUAACCAGCACGCCACCUCCGACUUUCCAGCCUUCUUCUCUUCUUCCUCUCCCUCUUCCUACUCACGCCCCACCUCCAGUCGCGUUUGUCAACAAUACAUUCCCCCCGCCUCGACCGACUUGGACGAGAUGGCCCGUCGUUCAUCCCGUUUGCAGGCCCAAGACGCGUCUCUUGCGGCGGUGUCCCAACCUGUGCAGCCCAUGCCACUAGCGCAACCGAUUGAACCUGUUCAGCCAAUUCAACCUAUUCAACCGAUCCAACAGCCUAUGCCCGUCGUAGCACCGACUCCCGAAGAAGAGAUCUUUGAUGCGCGACCGGCGGCCAGCAUUGAAGUGAAGACGAAAUUUCCCGUUGCGCGCAUCAAGCGCAUCAUGCAAGCUGACGAGGAUGUUGGCAAGGUGGCACAAGUGACACCGAUCGCUGUCUCCAAAGCACUGGAACUCUUCAUGAUCUCUCUCGUCACCAAGGCCGCCCAAGAAGCCAAAGAGCGCAAUUCCAAGCGCGUCACCGCCACCCACUUGAAGCAUGCCGUCGCCAAAGAUGAAGUUCUAGACUUCCUUGCAGAUAUCAUUGCCAAAGUCCCAGAUGCGCCGGCCAGUCGGAAACAUGACGAUGACGGCAGCGAUCAAAAUGAGGGUCGUCGAAAGCGUGGAGGACGCCGACCCAAGGAAGAGAGUGAUUGA